CUGUGCGCCGCCCAAUCAAAUGCUGAACGUGACAUCACGCUGUAGCGUGCCGUACACACUCAGUGUAGCCGAUACACAGAACUACACCCUACAGUGGGCUCCUGACAACACAACAGCUAAUGGCACAGAGGACACAGUCUGUAGUUCAUCCAGCCCGCAAACAUCUCGCGAAUUACACAACUGUGCGAACAACGUGAGCCCGUGGAGGUACACUUACGCUUCACUCACAGAUGGAGUCCCUCACUUCGGACAGCACGGCUCGUACAUCGGUGGUGGGUACAUUUCUUGGUUGGGAACGACCGAUGAGUCGAUGUCCUUUCUACAACGGCAACGUUGGUUGGACGAGAACAGCCGCGCAGUUUUCAUCGAGCUUAUCCUAUACAACCCGCACGUCAAUCUGUUUUCGGUUGUGUCGUUGGUUGUGGAGUUCACCAAUCUCGGGGCAGCUUACAAGAGCUCAGAGAUUGUCACUGUGAGACUCAUACAGCAAGACGUCAUCUUACUUCUGGUCAUGAGAGGGGUGCUUGCGCUGUUUCUACUCUACUUUGUGUUUCGUGAAGGAAAGUCUCUGAUGUCACGGCCACUGGAGUAUCUUGGCGAGUUCUGGAGCUGGGUAGAGCUGUUCGUGAUCACCAUCGGCUUCUCAACCCUCGUCAUCUACUUCUACACACAGAACAUCAUAGACGAGGUGGCAGAAGAACGGAGGAACGGAAACUCCGUAUUCCAUCUGUAUAAAAGCGCUGUCAGCUGGUUCCAAAUCUCCACCUAUCUCCAAGGUUUUCUUAUCUGUUGCGCUACGUUAAAGUUUAUCCGCCUUCUGCGCUUCAACUCUCACGUGUACGCCUUGUCUAUGACCAUGAAGAAGUCUCUCAAACCCCUCAUGUCUUUCAUGUUGUCUGUGGCUGUCAUUCUGUUAGCUUUUAUUAUAAUGAUGGCUUUGACACACGGCUCAAAUAGCAAUGAGUAUAAGAACCUAAGUUCCAGUCUUCAAAGCCUUCUUCUGAUGAUGUUGGGCAGUUUUGACUUUGACGCUCUGUCCUCGGGCCAUAGAAUACUCGGUCCGCUGAUCUUCUUCUCCUACCAGGUUGUUAUGCAGUUCUUCCUGCUCACUAUCUUCAUGGUGAUUCUUUUCGAUGUUUACGAGAACGGGGACUGGACGACAAACCCUUACGAUAUCGGCUUUACUUCCUUCCUCAAGGAAACGGCAGAAGAAUCCGCUGAAAAGAUCAGAGGAACUGCCCUCAAAAGCAACAAACCCAGGAGGGAAAGAAGUUUUUCGACCGAUAUGAUUCCUAAGAUAAAUCGUGGCAUAAGUGAUCUGUUUAAGUAACUCUCAGUUUUACGCAUUUUCCAAAUGAAAGUUACUCAUUGACAUGCAGCUUGAUAUGAUCAACAGAUCUGCUCAGUGUCACUGAAAAUAGUACUGGAUUACCGUUUCCAAAAUCUAUCCAGUUUAUUGUCAGUGAGUAAGUAUCAUUUGGAAAUUGCACAAAUUGUUUUCUUUUAAUUAUCUGUCUUAUAUAAAAGCGUAAGUUGCUUUCUUUCAGUUAUCUUUGACAGCAUACUGUCACCAUUGUACAACUGAGGCUGACCUGUCUUGGGCUUAAAUGAUCGAACUCUAGGCUAGUAGCGAUUACCGAUAUCGGUUAUAUUGUGACAUUUUGUACAUUAUGUAUAUUGUAUUAAGUUUCGUAGGUAAUGUUGUAAGAUAAUGAUAUAUAUUUUGUCAAUGGUCAUUUAAUUAAAAUUAAUCGGAAGUAAAU